UUUCCACUUCUCCGUGCGUCGGUUGCUCGCGCUGACGGUGUUUUCAAGGAGCAUACAGGCAACAUGGAAGCAUAAAAGGAGAAAAGAAUAACAAAAAGCCAUUAGAAUCCGUAGCUGGUACCAAGGGUACAUUUUCAAAGUCGCAGAAAUCGAUAUUAAAUGAAACAAAUAUUCGCGAGCUGGCCCGCAAAGUGCAUUCGCGUCUUUAUUGCGUUCAAAGUGCGAUUUUAUCCUAGUUUUUUUCAUACAUUUCGACGCGAGUGCUGUGCAACGAAAAGGAAUACGUAGAAAUCGUCUUCUUUUUUGCUUGCUUCCAUCUUUUUUUUUUCGUUUUUCUUUUUUUUUUUUUGUCAAAAAUUCGCGAGUGUCCCCGAAGGAGAAGGCCAACAUAAAAACGAGGCAAAAGGAACGGAACAGCGGAACGGCAGCGCAAUAAGAUUUUAACCCGCACACGUUACCUUCAAGGAGUCAGUAGUUAUAGUGUUAGUCGGAGAUCAUGGAAGCUGGUAAUAUAUGGCCAAGAAAGGAAAAGGAGUCCCUCUCAGAUUAAAUACGAGUUUCGGAUUCUCCUGAUAGAGGUUUAACCCCAGGAGAAUCAAACGGGAGUCAAUCAUGAAACAUUCAAAUAUUUCCAUACACAAGGACAUGAUGGAAUUCGGAUAACUGCUAGCAAACGAUACGAAAUUAGAGAUUAAAUUAUCCCUUUUAGCGGCUAAAAAAGGACGUUAAGAAAUCAUGAAACAAAGAUAUAUAUACAUCCAGGCAGCGAAACCACGUAAAUGAUAUCACACUUACAAACGCAGCGACUCUGAAGCUCUUCUAGGACCCCUUUCCCCCCUACUAUACACGGAAUAUAGCCAGAAAGAGGAGCAGGCCGAUAGGGCCAGUGAGGCAGCGAAGCCGCAACUCUUGCGGGCACGGCGGCCAUGGAACCGCCCGGCGGAGUGCCGCCGGAUAGGGAUAGGCAGCUAGUGCUCAGGAAUCCCUCGUCGGCUCUCGUCCCCGUGGUUGUUUCCGCUCCGGUUGCCUCCGGGCCAACUGCGGCAGCUGCUCCCAACCCGACGCCGCAGCAGCAGCCGCCGCCGCCGCUGUCGUCGUCGCAGUAUGCCAAGCCAACCAGUCUCAAUCUUCAGCCGCAUACCGUGCUCCAGGCAAUGCAACAGUUGUCACCAUCGGCCGCUGGCAACAACAAUGCAUCUGCAGCCGCAGCUGGGACGGCCGCCACGAGCAGCAGCAGCGGAAAUGCCAACAGUGGCAACAGUCCCGCCCUGGCGUCCACCGCCACGGCCAUAUCCGCCACAACGCAGGCGGCUACGGCCUUUAGCGGCAGUUCCGUAGGCCACCAUCACUUGCAGCACCACCAGCAUCCCCAGCAUACACAUCUUCAGCAUCCCCAACAGCCCCACGCAGUAGGAGGAGGGACUGCCACUGCACCAAGCACUGCGUCACUACAUCAGCAUCACGGCUCCAUAUCCGGAACUGGAACAGGCGUUGGACUCAUCGGUUCCGGUGGUGGCAGUGGCAAUCAACAGCAGACUAUUGAGAAGCUGUCGCGUCCCAUGGCCUUUGAUAAGAUGGAAAUGCUGGUACGUGAGAUGCAGGAUCAGGAGCAUGGUGUUCCCGUGCGGCAGCAGAAAAUGUUCCUGACCUCCAUACCCUAUGCGUUCAUGGGAUACGAUCUUAUUGAAUGGCUGAUGGAUCGCCUGCAGAUCGAGGAGUCGGAGGCUCUUAACAUAGCCAACCAGCUGUGCCUGCACGGCUACUUCUUUCCUGUCAACGACUCAAAGACGCUGACCGUGAAGGACGACUCGUCGCUGUACCGUUUCCAGACUCCCUACUACUGGCCAUGGCAGCACAAGGCGCCGGACAAUGUGGAGUAUGCCAUCUAUUUGGCCAAGCGAUCGCUCCGCAACAAGCAGCGGCACGCUCUGGAGGACUACGAGGCAGAGGCACUGGCCUCGCUGCACAAAAACCUCAAAGGCAAGUGGGACUUCAUCUCUAUGCAGGCCGAGGAGCAGGUGCGCCUGGCCAAGGAGCGCAAGAAGGGUGACAAGAUUGUUGGGGACUCGCAGGAGCGAGCCUACUGGCGUGUCCACCGUCCACCGCCUGGCCAGUUCACACCCCUGGAGCCCUGUCCAGUGCCGUCGCGCGACCGACAGGGCCUCAAGCCGAACAAAAAAAAGACUGUCGAGGAUAUGCAGCGCGACGUUGACUAUCUGGGCAAAUCGCUAAACCGGACGCGGAUGAAGAUGUCGCAGGCCUGCGAAUCUCUUGUCUGCUACUCGGAAACCUUCACCGAGUACGACUUCUUCCUGCAGCCGGCUCUGCCCUCCAAUCCCUGGGUCACCGAAGAUGUGGCCUUCUGGCAGCUGAACAACACCUUCGUGGAGAUACCCACUGAGAAGAGGGUCAAGCGCUGGGCCAUUUCGAUCGAGGAGCUCGUGUCAGAUCCGACGGGUCUGCAGGAGUUCACAGGAUUCCUGGAGAAGGAGUAUUCGCACGAGAACAUACGCUUUUGGAUAGCCGUCAACCGUUUACGCCGGUCCGCUCACUCCCAGGUGGCGCGAAAAGUUAACGAAAUCUAUGAAGAGUUUUUAAAGCCCGGAGCGCCAUGUGAGAUAAACAUCGACGGCAAGACGAUGGAGAGUGUUCUGCGGGGGCUGAAGAACCCCUCACGCUUCACCUUUGAUUCGGCGUCCGAGCAUAUAUACAUGCUGCUGCUGAAAAAGGACUGCUAUCCCCGAUUCAUCCGGUCGGAGCACUACAAGCGUCUGCUGGACACUGGCAUUCAGCCGUCGUACAAGAAGCGUUUCUUCAACUUUGGCGGCGUGAGUGGAGCCAAGAAGAAGAUGACUGCUGCACUGUCCAGCCAGCCCACUGGGGAUGCGGCUAAGGGAUCUUCCGGUGGCGGCGGCUCUGGCAGCUGCUCCAUGAUGCAGGCCCCGCCGCCCGGUAAUUUGGCACGGCGCCGUGGUAGCGAUCGCAGUCUGACCGGCUCGGCCCACGAACUGGCCGUGAUUGGGGUGAACAAGGACGCCGGCUCCAAGGUACCGCACUCUCAUUCCCAGAGUAAUCUCAGCGAAAUUCCGUUUAGUAGCGAUUCGAUUUAUCGGGGCGAUAUGCCACAGCGCCACAUGGCGGUCAUGGAUAUUGGGAUAUAUGCGGCCUACGGGAAUCGCGAAAGUAGUUUGCAGGCAGUUCCAGAAACGCCAAAAACGAAGUCCACCGUUCUGGAGGCAGCAGAGUCCACGUCGUCAUCGACCGCCUUGGUGCUAGCCAGUAGCGCUGUCUGCCCCUGGGACGAGCCAGCUGAGCCCACGGUCCCGGCGGCUCCGGUGAAGUUAUCCGUGUGCCCCUGGGAGGUAGACAAUGUAGCAGAUCCGCCAGCAACCGCAACAACGGUAGUGGUAACAACGGGCUCGUCGAAGAUCUCGUGUUCCGGCACACAGCCGCAACGGUUAAAUAGCACUUCCUCGGACAACAGCGACGUAAACGACCGCCUGCAGAGAAAUCUGGGCAUCCGCCACCAGAAUACCGUGGACAGCGGCGAGACAAGCAUAAAGCGUCUGGUCCGCUUCACCGAGCAGCGCCGGGCGUCGGUAUCAUUUACUCCUAGUCGUACUCCGGAUUUCCAGUUGGGGCGCACUCCAACGACAACAUCCUCCUCUUCGAUCGUGGCUAACCAGAGCGUGAGCGUGGUCGCCAGCAAUUCCACUCCACUUCAGGCUCGCAGUGCCUGUGGCAGCGGUAGCGUCAUUGCCAAGGAUCCACCAUCUGGCUCGGAUGUGGACCCCGUAGAGCUUGAGGAGGAGCUCAACAAGUUGUCCCUUGGCGAACGAAAUAGCGAAUCUUCGGCAUCGGAGCUGCCACUCGUAGUAGUACCCACCCCAACGCAUACCCCGCCGCCCAUAACCAAGAUAACGCCACCGCCGGGAGAGGGAAGCAGCAGCAGCAGCCAGGUAGGCUCUGUGGCGAAUUGCCUGGGAACCGCGGAGUCCGCAGAGGCCGGCUCCACGCCACCUCAGGAGGCCCAGGCAACUGGGACUCUAGUCAAGGAGGUACAGAUCGAGUUGAUCGAGUCGCAAACGUAUGAGCCUGGAGGCGGUGUCCAAUCAGAAGAAGCACCAGCAGCAGCUGGUCCGCCCACCAUCAAAGUCCUGGAGCUAGAGGUAAUUACUCCGGUAUCUUGUGAGCCCACUGAUCCGGGCCAGGAGCCAAAGACAGAGACAACCACCGAAGAACCCCUGUUGGCUGACGAAACAGAAAGAGACAUUGUUCUAACCGCCGAGGGGCGAAGGGGCGAAAUAGAGCCGGUAUUAGAGGAGCUUUCACCCACCACAGACGAGUACCAGGAAGGACUCCAGUUUGGUAGCGAUACCAAGGACGUGGUCGAUGACUACGAUAGUAUAGAUGCCGACCUACAGCUCGGUUACAUACCUCCAGCACCCACCCCGGCUCCCUCCAUGGCACCCCUGGCCGAAUUGGACGUAGACACGGUGGACGAUGAGCCCUGCGAUUCUGGCAGAGAACCAGUGGUGUCCGCUACGGCAACGCCCACAUCCAGCAACGAAGAGGCGCGCAAGCGUCGCAAGAAACGAAACUCAGAAGGGAAGAGGCUCGGCGGCUCGCAGGACGACAAGGAAAAGGAUAAGGACAAGGCCGGCGGAAGCAGCAUCGGUGCCGCCGAUCACAAUGCGGUGUGUCCCUGGGAAGAUGAAAACGUGAGCACCAACGACGGCACCUUCGUGAAGACAUACGCCACACUGGGAUACUUAUGAAUAAAACCAAAUCUGUUCAAGACGGUGGUCAACAAGUUGCUGAAAAGGAAGUCAUACAAGAAGUAGGGCCUGGGUAGCUAAGUCUAUUCCGCGGACGCGGAAUAACUAUUAUAGAAAGUGCAUGCACGAGAGCAUAUAUUACGUAUGUAAGUGUAAGUAAUUCAAUAAUUGAGUGUAUAUGUAAAUGUUAAAGCUUCUCAUGUUCUUGAAACCACACAACCACAACCACAGAACAAAAGCAAAGCCCCGGCAAAGUGGUUCAUUGCUGAAAUUUCAAAUAAUGAAUUGAUGAAAUGGCUACAGAAAUUAAAUACUUUAUCUACAAGCAUAAAUAAUAUACAAAUCAAACGAGAGUGGCCAGGAUGUGACAGAAAUGCGAGGAUGCAGGAGGCCGCUUUCUGAUCAGUUGUAAAAAUGGAGCUUAGAUUCGGAGACAGAAAUAUUUAAUGUAUACAAUGUAUAUGAAGUUUUAAGCAUGAUUAUGAAGACCCAUAUAGUCCUGUCCUAUGUUCAAGUUAUGUAUUCGUAACCUAGAUCAGCAGUAAAGAGCCCCAGAAUGUGUCAAGUUGGGUCUGGCACACAAAGCCAUGGAACACAUUUUCCUGCAUUUAAUUCUCUGCUUGUCAAAGGCCAUCAGGGUUAUGCUUUUCAAUAUGUGUUUUGUGUGUCCGACCUCAAGGAAUCGUCAUUUUAUUAUUUAACUUUAUUAUAUAUUUGUCUUGCCGUGCCUUUAGCUAGAAAUACCUGCGACUGGCUGAAGUAUAUACUUUUAUUAUAUUAAACACUUAGUGCCCAGUGAUCCCUUUGUUGAUUGAACUUGAUAUAUAAAGUAGAAGUACGAAACGUUAAACCGCACAAAUUGAACUGAAUUUCACACUAAAGUUAAAAAAGAGUACAGUUGACUUCGGUGAAUUUGCAUGCAUACUCAUUGAGCGAGAAAGCUCUUAUCCUUUCCUUAAUGUCCUAAAUGCACAAGUGGCUGCGCAACCAUUCUCUAGAUUGAGCUAUAUUAUUAGUAUAUUUUAUUAUUUAUAACACAAACCAAUGGAAAUCAGUUUCAUUUCCCGCGUACAUGAAACAACUCACGAGCCCCAAACAUAUGUGCAGGGCAAAUGAAGCUACUAUUUCCUAGAGGUCUAUGUUUAUGUUAAAUUCAAUUUCAAAGCACAGAAGAACUCUCAACUAUCCAAGAUCCCGGCUGAACUCCAGUCUGUUGUUUUCUAUGCAAAUCUAGGGGCUGUUUAAGUUUGUUUUAGGCAAGUUUAGGGAUAUUUCCGGUUGUACGUUUGCGCAACUACUUGUCAGUUUUGAAUAGUAGUAGAAUUUCUCUAAACUCUCCACUCUUAACUCUAUGUGACUAGACAAACAAUCGCAGAAAUCGAGCUAUGCUGUAUAACAUUAACGAAGGAAGGAAGAAGCUAAUGAAAGCCCACAUCUAUCUGUCGGUGAUGAGGCCCAACGUAGAUCUUUGAGAUCACACAACUGUUCCAUUCGAUCGAAGAGAUACAAAAAAGCCACAACACCGAUUAAGCAAAUCAAAUUCAAAUGAAAUCCUGGUUGUUUGCGAGUAAUACCUUUCUACGAAUCGAAGGAAAAUAACUUAUCAAAAAACAAAACAAAACUAUUAGGUUUAAGAAUCUAAGAAUAUUUCUAUUUUCAUUGUGCAUACGAGUAUGAAUUAGCUAUUUACUGUCAAAGCCCAUUUUGCUGGUAAACAAUCUUUAUAUGGGAUACCGAUAUCUGCAUUAUCUUUGUGCUUUCUAUAUGCUGUAAUACAUUUUUCAACUACUUCAAUUAACUAAAACCAAAAAAUGAACUAAACAACUAAAGAGCUAAGCAACUAAAAA